GCGCUGGUGUUGUUGAGCCGCGUUAGCAUUACAGUGGAAGCGAACAGGAAACGACAGGUGAAUCCAUGUCCGCCGCGGAGACAAGUGGCUAAAAAAGAAAAGGUUAGCUCGAGCACGGCGAGGAUGUCUGUCCCGUCCGGAGAGGGAUGAAGAUGACACCGCUGCUGUGGAGGAUUGUGUCAGCGUGGCUCUGUGUGGCUGUAGUCUGUUGGUGCCCCGGUCGUCAUGCCGGCUGCACGGAGGGGCUCCCGAGGCCGACCGGCUCCUCACGCCCCCCAGGACGACGGCCCCGUGAAGGAGCCCAGAGAGGAGCCUCAUCUGUCAAGAUGGAAGAAACCGUGGUCUCACCUGCUCAGUCAGCAGAAAGUGAAGAACUGAUGUAUGAUAAUGAGCACAAAGAGGAGAGGAGUGCACAAGAUGAGACCGAACAACAACAUGCUGUGACUGUAGAGACUCAGGAGUUCUCCUCAGAGGUGGAGCUGGAUGCAAACCAAGAAGCCAAAGCUGAACCAAGCCCCGCAGGUCCACAUCAUGAAGCAGCCGACACCACAGACCAGGACCAGGACCAGGACCAGGCCCCCCUGCUGCCCCCCUCAAACCUGGUCUCUGGCUCUACUGAUGAGCCUCAGGAAGACUCCCUCAUCCCGGACCUUCCUGAAGUCAGCCCAGCGAGUGUGUCGGGAGAAGCAUCGGACGUGGCUGAACCUCCGGCCAGCGGCUCUGAUCUGCCUCCCAGUGACUGUGAAGAGGAGGAAACCAACCCUUACAGCAGCGACAGUCCGCCAGUCGUCCUGGAGAACACUUCAAACGCUCACACUGCAGGUACCAAAAGCCACGCCGACCCCCUGAGCUCUCCGAGCAGCCAGAGCUCGCCGCCGGUGGAGAACGUCUCCUCCCACGCCAUGAAGGAUCAGGACUUCAGCUCCCCCGCCGCCGCAGACACAGACUCCAGCGUGAGCAGCAAAGACCCUGAGGACAUCCCCACCUUUGAUGAGUGGAAGCGGAAGAUGAUGGAAGUGGAGAAGGAGAAAACUCUCACGACUCACACCUCUAAUAACGGAGCUUCUCACACUGUGAAGAAAGUUCAGAAGAACUUCAAUAAUAACUACGCGUCAGUGGAGUGUGGAGCCAAGAUUCUCGGCGCCAACCCAGAGGCGAAGAGCACGUCGGCCAUACUGAGGGAGAACAUGGACCUGUACAUGCUGAACCCCUGCAGUAACAAAAUCUGGUUUGUCAUUGAGCUCUGUGAGCCCAUCCAGCUCAAGCAGCUGGACAUCGCCAACUUUGAGCUCUUCUCUUCGACUCCCAAAGACUUUCUGGUCUCCAUCAGUGACCGGUACCCAACAAAUAAGUGGCUGAAGCUGGGGACCUUUCACGCCAGGGACGAGCGCACGGUGCAGAGCUUCCCUCUGGACGAGCACCUCUAUGCUAAAUAUGUCAAGAUGUUCACCAAGUACAUAAAGGUCGAGCUGCUCUCCCACUUCGGCUCCGAGCAUUUCUGUCCACUGAGUCUGAUCAGGGUGUUCGGCACCAGCAUGGUGGAGGAGUACGAGGAGAUCGCCGAUCCCUCAGAAAGAACCGAUGAUCCAGAUGACGACUUGGAUUAUCCUCCUGGAUUUGCAGCCGGAGAAGCCAAGUUAUCCAACAAUUUGAUUGGCACAGCUAAAGAUGCCAUUUUGAACAUGGUAAAUAUCGCUGUCAACGUUCUUGGGGGAGGCGAAGAGGAGCAAGGCAAUCUUUCAUCUCAGGAAGUGAACAUGACUGAACCAUCAGCUCCGCUGGAAACCAGCGAUCAAACAGCAGAAGACCUGGCUGCAGUACCAGACGCUGAAGAUGGGACCUUACCACCAGACUCUGAUGUUCCUGAAACUCCAGAUGACCCCGUGACGGAGACGCUAGCCGUCCCAGAAGACGGCGCUGAAGAGCUCCCCCCAGUGGAGGAGAUAGUUAUUCCUCUGGAGAAAGAAGAGGAAGAACCCAUCGGUUCUACAAUCAUCCUCCGGGAGGAGGAGGAGGAGGAGGAGGACGAGAAGCAGGAAGUGGAACAUGACGAGCGGCAGCAGGAAAGCCUGAACUACUGCGCUCUGGGCCCGUCGCCGUCUCCCUCCUGUUCUUGUGCCGCUUCUCACUACGAGUUCCUCCAGAAGCGCUGCUCCGCCUGCGUUUCCAGAAGGAGAACAUGCCAAACGACGGAGAGCAGGAAGCCCCCUGCCCCCCCCUCCUGCCCGGCCCCCCGGCAGCCCCACGGCCAAACACAUGAACCAGAACCGGCUCCUGAUCCGCAGCCAGACGGUGUCGGAGUGGCACCAGCGGCGCCGCGGCCUCCGGGGAUCGUCCCUGCCCGCCUUUGACCCGCUCUGCUGGAGCCCAGUCAGACCUGGAAGCCCCCAGAGCCAGCGCCGCCGAUUCAUCCUCUGCCAGAGAAACGGCGGUUGCGAAAACUCCGCCGCCGCCGUCCUGUGAGCCCGGAGCCAGAGCAGAGCCGGGAGGCGUCGUGGGCCGAGGAGGCGCAGAUCCGGCCCUCGCCGUCUGUCGGCGUGUCCGUCGAUGCCAGCGACACGGCGAGCGGCGUGUCGGCAGAGCCAGAGGAGACCACCGGCAUCGACGUCCCUGCGCGAGGAACCGGCGGCGCGGACGGUGAAACCCGAGCCGAGGCGGAGCGGCCUCCGCCUGUCCCGCCCUCCGUCAGAGAAAAGGACCCCGAACUGGCUGGUCCUGACAGCUCCUCCACAGAGAGCUCUUCACCAGACGCCGCCACAGAGCCGGAUCCGUCCGGCGGUCCGGCGCCUGCAGACGGCAGAACAGAGGAUCUCCCAGACGACGGUUCUCUGUCCGCCGGCGGCGCCGGUCAGCCGCUCCACCCCUCCGCUCCGGCUCCGCCCUCCUCCGCCGCGCCGUCCCCGUCGGACAUCUACGCCGAGCCGCCCAACGGCACGGAGCAGAACGGCAACGCCGUGCACGGCUCCAGCCAGAAGGAGUCCGUCUUCAUGAGGCUCAACAACCGCAUCAAGGCCCUGGAGAUGAACAUGUCGCUGAGCGGCCGCUACCUGGAGCAGCUGAGCCAGAGGUACCGGAAGCAGAUGGAGGAGAUGCAGAAGGCUUUCAACAAAACCAUCAUUAAACUUCAGAACACGUCGAGGUUAGCAGAGGAGCAGGACCAACGGCAGACGGAGUCCAUCCAGGCGCUGCAGGGCCAGCUGGAGAACAUGACUCAGCUGGUCCUCAACCUGUCUGUCCGGGUCAGCCAGCUGCAGACCGAGGUGUCGGACAGACAGAAUUACCUGCUGCUGUCCCUCCUGCUGUGCUUCAGCCUCAGCCUCCUGCUGUGCGCGCACCACUGCCGCGUCGCCGCCGCCGCCUCCCCGACCGCAGAGCCGGAGCCGCCGACGAUACCCAAGAGCUACACCUACUGCUGCCCCGACAGGCCGUUCUCCUCCUGCGACGACUCGGGCCUGAAGAGGAGCGCCUCUUACCCGCUCAUCCACUCCGAGUCUCUCCAGUUAGCCGCCAGCGACGGCCCAGAUGUGCUGCGUCCGGAGGAGACCCUGAGUCUGUGUCCAGGAAGCAGGAAGAGGCGACGCCGUAAGAUGAAGCCACCGGAGAAGGUGGAGACUCUGAAGCCCUCCCUACAUCCUGCGCCGGAUCUGUGUAACGGCGCCGUGCUGUGCAACGGAGCGCCGGACGCCACGCUCCCGUCCAAGAGGCUGCUCCAGCCCGCCUUCAGAGACUCGCCGUCGGAGGGCAGCUCGGAGGGCUCCUCCCACUCGGACGACCCGUCCUUCUGCGGCAUCGCCGCCGCCGCCUGCUCCCGGCUCUGCGACGGCCUGCCCCCGCCCGGCACGCGGGCGGAGCGGCGGGCGUUGAGGCGGCGGCGGCCCAAGCCCAGCUGCGCGGUGGUGGACCUGCUCCAGGCUCCUCGGAGGGACGGGAGCCGACCGUUGUCCAUCUCCUCCAUACAGGACCUCAUGCAGAGGAGGGCGGAGCCCGGCGCCGGGACGCUGGUGGCGCUCUCAGGUCCGGUCUGACCCAGACCAACAGAAACGCUCUUCCCCCCCAACAGGACGGACGGUGGUUCAGCCCUGACCCCGGAGGCAGCUGCUCGCUUCAGCAUGAGACAAUAUCUGCGUUAGUUCUGUUGUCGUGUUCCCUGUUCACUUCUGACGUUUUCUUUUUUUUUUUUUUUUAUCAGCUUUCAAAUCACGAGAAGUGUCUUCCCAGUUUUUCAUUAAAGCUUUUCUCCUGUGA